AUGCCGCCCAAGUUCGACCCUUCGCAGGUCGUUGACGUCUAUGUCCGCGUCACCGGCGGAGAGGUAGGAGCGGCAAGCUCUCUGGCCCCCAAGAUCGGUCCCCUCGGUCUCUCGCCUAAGAAGAUUGGUGAGGACAUCGCAAAGGAGACGGCCAAGGACUGGAAGGGCCUCCGUGUCACUGUCAAGCUCACCGUACAGAAUCGUCAGGCUAAGGUCACCGUUGUUCCCUCGGCGGCCGCUCUCGUGAUCAAGGCACUCAAGGAGCCCGAGCGCGACCGUAAGAAGACGAAGAACAUCAAGCACAAUGGAAACAUCUCCCUGGAUGACGUGAUCGAGAUCGCCCGGGUCAUGAGGCCAAGGUCGAUGGCCAAGGACUUGAGGGGGACAGUGAAGGAGAUCCUCGGCACCUGCGUCUCCGUCGGAUGCUCCGUGGAUGGCAAAGACCCGAAGGACCUUCAGAAUGAAAUCGCUGAGGGAGAGGUCGACGUACCGCUGGAGUAG